AUGGUGCUGAUGUUGCAGAAAUCACUGCCGAGAGUUAGGACGCGCGUGUCGCGUCAGUUGAUGUCGCCGUCGCCGCAAAGGCCUGUCACUCCCGCCCUUGUCCUGAUCCCGUCAGCUCUCGCCUCACCCCGUGACCCUCCCUCCCCAUCUCCACGCUCACCCCCUGCGGCGUCUCCCUCACCCCCGGCCUUCCAACCUCCCGCCGCGCCGUCGGCAGCGCUGCCCUCAGCCGCCCCUCCCGAGCAGCAGCGGCGCUAUCAGCAUCAGCAUCAGCUGUGCGGCGGCUCCUCCUCCCCGGCCAUCAGCGGGAAUGGCCGCGAGAUCCUCUCAAUCUGGCCGUUUAGGGGCGGCGGCGGUGACCGGGCCUUAGCGGAUCAGAGGGGCGACGGCGGUCCGGCGGCGGCCGCCCCGGGGAUCCACACUGUUAGCGGAGAUCCCGAGCAGUUGCCGGGCUAA